UGACUUCUUCAUGUCACCCUUUUCUGUACACAAGUUGUCAUUGUGUCUAUCUCUUAAUAAAAAUCAUGCCUGAGCCCUCCAAAUCGGCUCCGGCUCCUAAAAAAGGAUCUAAAAAAGCCAUCACCAAGGCUCAGAAAAAAGAUGGCAAGAAGCGCAAGCGCAGCCGCAAGGAGAGCUACUCCAUCUACGUAUACAAGGUGCUGAAGCAGGUGCACCCCGACACGGGCAUCUCGUCCAAGGCCAUGGGCAUCAUGAACUCGUUCGUCAACGACAUCUUCGAGCGCAUCGCGGGCGAGGCGUCCCGCCUGGCGCACUACAACAAGCGCUCGACCAUCACGUCGCGGGAGAUCCAGACGGCCGUGCGCCUGCUGCUGCCCGGGGAGCUGGCCAAGCACGCCGUGUCCGAGGGCACCAAGGCCGUCACCAAGUACACCAGCUCCAAGUAAAUGCCUCUGUAGGCAAUGAUUGAUUCAAAGGCUCUUUUCAGAGCCACCUAC